AUGUCGGUUUGCAGCCCAGACACCAGCGGAGUGGUGGUGGAGCUUGUGCUGAUGUUUGAAUUCGCCUCAAACGAUAACAGAAAGGCCUUCUCGGAAAGAAUCAAGAGCAUUUUGCUUAGGCGGCUGCAGACAAACACCGAGGGCUUGGAAAUUGACCCCUCGACUUUUCAACUCUCAGGGAUGAAGAAGGAAAAUGGAGAACACCUUUUCAACAACUGUUGUGGGAUACGAACAAGUAAAUCGCUUUCCUACGCAAACAGAAUAACGGGAGGCAUCUCUGCCCAGGUUGGCGAGUGGCCAUGGCAGGCUAGUCUUCAGCUGAGCGGUAUCCACCGCUGCGGUGCAACGCUGAUCAGUAACACGUGGCUUAUAACUGCAGCUCACUGCUUUAGAGGACAACAGAAUCCCAGUAGGUGGACGGCUAGCUUUGGAACUGUCAUAAGACCUCCGCAAAGCAGAAGAUCCAUCCGCAACAUCAUCAUUCAUGAAAAAUACUCUGAUGCCGUUCAAAACCACAAUUAUGACAUCGCUGUUGUGCAGCUCUCCUCCCCCGUGGAAUUUACAAAUGUCAUACGCAUGGUCUGUCUCCCCGAGGAAUUUUACGUCUUCCCACAUAACACUACCUGCUUUGUCACGGGAUGGGGCGCUUUACGGAAUGAAGGUUCAAGCAUUAAUAAUCUCCGGCAAGCGGAAGUGAAGAUCAUAGACACGAACAUUUGCAAUAGAGCAGAAGUGUACAAUGGGGCCAUCGCACCUGGGAUGGUGUGUGCUGGAUACUUGGAGGGGGAAAUAGAUGCUUGCCAGGGUGACUCUGGUGGCCCUCUGGUCACUGAAGAUAGAAGAGGAGUCUGGUUCCUUGUUGGAAUAGUGAGCUGGGGAGACGAAUGUGCUAAAAAAAAUAAACCUGGCGUCUACACACGAGUGACUUACUAUCGGGAUUGGAUCGCCGCAAAAACUGGCCUCUGAAGGAGUCACAAGUGGGUUAAACUGCACAGGCUGGGUACACAAGCCAGGAACUCCACAACACUCUUUACCAGUCUAUGCUUCGUUUACUGUCCAAAGCAAGCGCCGGCUUAGCUUGUGGUGACAUUCCUACCGCUCAGUGACUCGUCUCUGAACUGAAUUGCUCUGGCCUGUCGAAGGAGAGGAACAGACUCAAUCAAACUUGCACAAGGAGCACAAACUGCUGACUGAUUUACCACUUAGGAAAGUGUAUCUACUGCUUCCAGGAAAGGCAGGUUAUUCUGCAUCCUCAACCCAGGACUGAGAAUAACCCUGCUUUCCACCCUCUAUGCUACACACCUCCUGCUGGGAUCAGAUGACUUGGCCAUGGUUUUCCUAGCUGAGCAAAACGCCCCCUUGGUUGGAGCCCAUCGGCGCAAAUCGUCAGUCACCUGGACAGGUUGUGAUUGAUCCACAGCAUUUCCCUCCAGUUGCCGAGUGCCUGGCCUCCUGCAUUACUCCACCACAGGGGUGGAAAUCAACCAAAGUUUACUCCAUGGCAGCACAGGGCAUUAGCAGUAGGCCACAGCACUUGACUUUAAACAGCACCAUCCCUACUGGCACCAGAAGCCUGUUCGAACCAAAGGCAGGUAGGGCUGUCUUCUCCUGCCGCGCUACAUGGGGCUGUGUCACUGAGCACGUUCUAUUGGAGGUACUCAACGGAUGGCCAGGGAGGCCACUUGUGAACUCGGUUAUGCCACACACAGAAAUCCUUGGCCAGUGUGUAAUUAACACACAGAGCUUCCCACCAGCAAAAAGGAACACCCACCUCCAAUGUGGCUGAACUUCCUGGGGGAGGAGCUUUGACCCAGGAGACCGUACUUAUUGAUCAUGUGCAUCACAGUAGUGCCCAAGAGCCAACCAAGAAUAGCAGACAGUCCCUGCCCCAAAGCGCUCACAGUCUAAAUAACCUCUUAGCUUCUACUUUGCUUCCUGAUGGGGUGGAGGGAGGAGAGUCUGUAUCCCAUUGCUGGGCAUGAAUUGGGAUACAGGCCAGCCCUUGCACUCCUCAUCUCAAACAGCCAUUUCUCCUGUGCCUUUUAAAACCCCCUAAUCCUCUGCUUCUCACUACUGUGGAGCAGUUCCGCUACUGCGAGGCUCUAUGUGCCGGUGUGUCAAGCACACGUGCUCUGCACUGGGCAUCCGGUGAAUCCCCAUAUUUUCCCCAAUGUCUCACCUUAACUCUGCCCCCUGGGGAGCUGAGCAGCCCUGUCACUUGCUAGAUAGCCGACAAGUUGCUAGAUCAAUGACGUCCCACCUCCAGCCGUCAGUAAUAUACACCAGAGGAGAGAGAAAUCAUCAGAGGAAAUGCUGGGUUGCUGACAGCUGCAUCCAGUCCAGUGCUACCAGUCUCAGCUACCUCAUACACCAGACAAAAAAAAAAAACAACCUUCAGCCUAUCCUUGGAAGAUCUGGGGUCAAUGAAGCCAUCACCGCACACAAUCUCUCAUCACCAAUAAACCUCCUAUCAGCUCUUACCACUGGCACUUUAAUGCAUUUCUAAGUUGAUGUCUCUCAUGCAUCACAGUGCCCUUGAGCUCCAGCAAGAGGCUCUGCUGUAUUUCAGGGCUCUGUUUGAUGUAGCAUAUGAAAACCAGCAUCUAUGAGGGUACCUACUCAUUUUGUUCAGCCCAGCGAGCAGAAUAGUCACUGUAGCAGAACUUAGCUUCACAAACAUACUGCAUAAUACAUAGGGCGAGACAAAAAGGGCAAA